AUGAGGAACAGGAUGAGGAUGGUGAGAUUGAACAAUGGAGUAAAGAUGCCGGUGGUUGGUUUCGGAACGUACUCCGACGACAAUGACGGAGAGAUCACCCAGCUUGCCGUCCGACAGGCACUUAAGAUGGGGUACAGGCAUUUUGAUACCGCAAAGAUAUAUGGGUCGGAGCCGGCGUUAGGAAAAGCAUUAACAGAAGCCAUUGCUGACGGGGUGAUCCAAAGGAAAGAUGUUUUCGUGACCUCAAAAUUAUGGAGCAGUGAUCACCACGAUCCCGUUUCGGCACUUAAACAAACACUUGACGAGCUUGGUUUGGACUACAUUGACAUGUACUUGGUCCAUUGGCCCGUGAAAUUGAAACCCGGCGUCAACAACCCGGUGCCGGAGGAAUCCGAUUUCGACGAUCUAGACAUGGAGAACACUUGGUACUGGAUGGAACAAUGCCUGGCAAUGGGUUUGUGCCGGUGUAUCGGGGUCAGCAAUUUCUCCACAUCAAAGCUUCAACAACUCCUCUGUUUCGCCACCGUUCCGCCGGCGGUAAAUCAGGUGGAAAUGCACCCGAUGUGGAGGCAGAGGAAGCUCCGGGAGUUUUGCCGGAGACACCGUAUCCACGUGAGUGCUUAUUCUCCGCUGGGCGGGCCCGGAAAUUAUUGGGGAUCAACGGCGGUGGUGGGUCAUCCGGUAGUGAAAUCCAUUGCCCUGAAACACGAUGCAACUCCGGCACAAGUAGCGCUGGCACGGGGGAUGUCAAGAGGAGUGAGUGUGAUAGUGAAGAGCUUUAAUCAGAGAAGAAUGAAAGAGAACAUUGGAGCCAUUGAGGUGGAAUUGGACGAGUAUGACAUGUUGGAAAUUCAGAGGAUGGAAGAGUGGAAGAUAAUGAGGGGAGAAUUUCUCACUAAUCAAACCACAAGUCCCUAUCGGACCAUUCAAGAUCUUUGGGACGAUGAGAUUUAG